AUAGACACUUUCUGUUUCACAAGCUUUACUUGCAAAGACAUAACCAAUGGAAUUACCAGAAAAGCUGCCAACUGAGCCCAAAGGCUUACUACAAACUCAUGAAUUAUACAAGUACAUUCUUGAGACUAAUGUGUACCCUCGUGAACCCGAACCAUUGAAGGACCUUCGAGCUGUUACCUCUACACACCCAUGGGCUGUGAUGGGUACUGCACCCGAUGCGGGCCAAAUGAUCACGAUGCUGUUGAAGCUCGUUGGUGCCAAGAAGACCAUAGAGAUUGGCGUUUUUACGGGUUACUCAUUGCUCUUGACCGCUUUAACAAUUCCUGAUAACGGCAAGAUUGUAGCAAUAGAUGUUAGUCGAGAAUGGUAUGAGGUUGGUCGCCCGGUGAUCGAAAAGGCAGGGGUGGAAAAUAAGAUCGAGUUUAUCGAGUCGUUGGCUCUACCAGCUCUCGAUAAGAUGCUAGAAAAUCCCGAAAAUGAAGGAAGUUUUGACUAUGCUUUUGUUGAUGCGGACAAACCAAACUACAUCAACUAUCAUGAGAGGUUAAUGAAACUAUUGAAGGUGAAUGGGAUGGUUGUGUAUGACAACACGCUCUGGUUUGGCUCGGUUGCACAACCCGAGGAUUCUGUACCUGAAGAAUUUAGAGAGGGAAGAAUAGCUGGUAUAGAGUUUAACAAAGCGCUCGCAGCUGACCCUCGUAUUGAAAUCUCCAUGGUUCCAUUAGGUGAUGGCAUUACCAUUUGUAGACGUCUCUACUAGAAAGAAAUCGAUCUAGAAGUCGUUCUACGUACUAUCUUUCGUUAUGCAUAAAUUUCCGUUAAUCUAAGUGUUGAUCAAUGGUUUCGUCUAUCGAAGUAUUAGUUUUCGUUAUGCAUAAAUUUCCGUUAAUCUAAGUGUUGAUCAAUGGUUUCGUCUAUCGAAGUAUUAGUUUAAUCAUGAAAUAAUAAAAUUUCCUUUUGUUGAA